AUGAGAAAAACGAUUGGAAAAACGUCAUCAUCAUCAUCAUCGGAAGUAGAGAAUCCCGCGUAUUUGUCUAAACUCGAACUUUCCCAAUCCAUACCAAAUAUAAAAGACGUAGAAAACGAUUUGAAGAAAAAUUCUUUGUCGUCGGACACUAAAACUCCUCUGGAAGAAGAAAUUUUAACGAAUCCGAACGAUGAUAAUAAUAAUGGGAAAAAUAAGAAUAAAAUGAUGACGGAAGGUGAUGAUGCGGGUGAAGAUGAAGAUUAUCCGAAUCUUUUAGUACAAGUCGAAUAUUACGACAUAACGUACGAAGAUUUACCGGAAAAUGAUGAAUUCGUAGAUGAAAAUGCAUUGAUGACGUCGACGCCUACGUCACCGCCGCCGCCAUUUUCUUUUAAUAAAAAUUUAACGAAAGAUCCGAUGAUAAUAUUGAAAAAUGAUGAUAAUGGUAAAAAAAUAAUAUUGAAAGGUUCCGAUGACGUCAUUGUCGAAACGGAAACUCAAAAACCGGCGGAAUCGACGACACCGAAAGCGUUCAGUUAUUCGCCUACGAUACCGCAAGCAUCCGAUAGAGUUAUCAAACCGGAAGUCACCACCGGAAAAUACGACAACGACAAUAACAACAACAGUUCCGACGAGUAUAAAAACCCCGCCAUCGCGAAAUGA